AUGAAGUUUUAUUGUGAUAAUUGCGUGAAACAUGCUGAUGGUUUCAAAGGUCUUUUGCAGAUGCUUAACGAAAAAUUUGAAUCCAUUGAUUCUCGUCUUAAAACGUUUGAUUUCAUUGAUAUUGGGAUAAAAAAUCUGCAGUUGAGGCUUGAGUCAAGCGAUGAGAACCUAAAACAGUUAGAAAAACUAGACGAUAAACUUAACCAGUCUAUUAAUUCCUUGAAAAACAAUAUCACCAAGUCUUGGUCAGACGUGGUAAAGAGUAAUUCUAAAAUUGUCGAUUACGAGGCUGCUUCUUUGAGAAAUAUGAUCAGUACUUCAUUUUCCGAUGUGGUAAAAAAGGACCUCGACGUAGUUAGUAAAGAGGUCAUCUCUGUUCGCAGAACAAUUGAAGUGGCAAAUGAAGUUAAGGCCCGUGAAAACAACAUAGUUGGCUAUGCCUUAUGGCUUCUCAUUUAUGGACUAUUUGCGCCCACACGACCCUAA